CGGCGGUGGCUCGCCGGAGAGGCCCCUCCUUCUCGCCCCGCUCGUUUCUCUUCGCUCGCGGCCGAGCGGGCUCCAGACCGACCCUCCGCUGGCCAUGGCCGGCAACGUGAAGAAGAGCUCGGGCGCCGGCGGCGGCGGCUCGGGGGGCUCGGGCGCGGGCGGCCUGAUCGGGCUCAUGAAGGACGCCUUCCAGCCGCACCACCACCACCACCACCACCUCAGCCCGCACCCUCCCGGCACGGUGGACAAGAAGAUGGUGGAGAAGUGCUGGAAGCUCAUGGACAAGGUGGUGCGGUUGUGUCAAAACCCAAAGCUGGCGCUCAAGAACAGCCCACCUUAUAUCUUAGACCUGCUACCUGACACCUACCAGCAUCUCCGCACUGUCUUGUCAAGAUAUGAGGGGAAGAUGGAGACACUUGGAGAAAAUGAGUAUUUUAGGGUGUUCAUGGAGAAUUUGAUGAAGAAAACUAAGCAGACUAUAAGCCUCUUCAAGGAGGGAAAAGAAAGAAUGUAUGAGGAGAAUUCUCAGCCUAGGCGAAACCUAACCAAACUAUCCCUGAUCUUCAGCCACAUGCUGGCAGAACUGAAAGGCAUCUUCCCAAGUGGACUCUUCCAAGGAGACACUUUUCGGAUUACUAAAGCAGAUGCUGCAGAAUUUUGGAGAAAAGCUUUUGGGGAAAAGACAAUAGUUCCUUGGAAGAGCUUUCGACAGGCCCUUCAUGAAGUUCAUCCCAUCAGUUCUGGGCUGGAGGCCAUGGCUCUGAAGUCCACUAUUGAUCUGACCUGCAAUGAUUAUAUUUCCGUUUUUGAAUUUGAUAUCUUUACACGACUUUUCCAGCCCUGGUCCUCUUUGCUCAGAAAUUGGAACAGCCUUGCUGUAACUCACCCUGGUUACAUGGCUUUCCUGACAUACGAUGAAGUGAAAGCACGGCUCCAGAAGUUCAUUCACAAACCUGGCAGUUACAUCUUCCGGCUGAGCUGUACUCGUCUGGGUCAGUGGGCUAUCGGGUACGUUACUGCGGAUGGGAACAUUCUGCAGACAAUCCCACACAAUAAACCACUCUUCCAAGCACUGAUUGAUGGCUUCAGGGAAGGCUUCUAUUUAUUUCCUGAUGGACGAAAUCAAAAUCCCGACCUGACAGGUUUAUGUGAACCAACUCCCCAAGAUCAUAUCAAAGUAACCCAGGAACAAUAUGAAUUAUACUGUGAGAUGGGCUCCACAUUUCAACUAUGUAAAAUCUGUGCUGAAAAUGAUAAGGAUGUGAAGAUUGAGCCCUGUGGACACCUCAUGUGCACAUCCUGCCUUACAUCAUGGCAGGAAUCAGAAGGUCAGGGCUGCCCUUUUUGCCGAUGUGAAAUCAAAGGUACUGAGCCCAUCGUGGUGGAUCCAUUUGACCCCAGAGGCAGUGGCAGUCUGUUAAGGCAAGGAGCAGAAGGAGCUGCUUCCCCAAAUUAUGAUGAUGAUGAUGAUGAACGAGCUGAUGACUCUCUCUUCAUGAUGAAGGAGUUGGCAGGUGCCAAGGUGGAAAGGCCUUCCUCUCCAUUCUCCAUAGCCCCACAAGCUUCUCUCCCUCCAGUGCCACCAAGACUUGACCUUCUACAACAGCGAGCAUCUGGUCCUGCCAGCACUUCAGUUUUGGCAACUACUUCCAAGGCUGGUUCUGGCUCCCUUCAUAAAGACAAACCAUUGCCAAUACCUCCUACACUUCGAGAUCUUCCACCACCACCCCCUCCAGACCGGCCUUACUCUGGAGCAGAAACACGACCUCAGAGACGGCCCCUGCCUUGUACACCAGGCGAUUGCCCAUCUAGAGACAAACUGCCCCCUGUCCCCUCUAGCCGCCCAGGGGACUCAUGGUUGCCUCGGCCAAUCCCGAAAGUACCAGUAGCUACCCCAAGCCCUAGUGAUCCUUGGAAUGGAAGAGAACUGACCAAUCGGCACUCACUUCCAUUCUCAUUGCCUUCACAAAUGGAACCUAGAGGAGAUGUUCCUAGACUUGGAAGCACAUUUAGUCUGGAUACUUCCAUGACUAUGAAUAGCAGUCCAAUAGCAGGUCCAGAGAGUGAGCACCCAAAAAUCAAGCCUUCCUCAUCUGCCAAUGCCAUUUACUCUCUGGCUGCCAGGCCUCUUCCUGUGCCAAAACUGCCACCUGGGGAGCAGGGGGAAAGUGAAGAGGACACAGAGUAUAUGACUCCCACAUCUAGGCCUGUAGGGGCUCAGAAGCCAGAGCCCAAAUGGCCUUUAGAGUCAACCCAGAGUUCACGAGCGUGUGACUGUGACCAGCAGACUGACAGCUGCACGUAUGAAGCAAUGUAUAACAUUCAGUCUCAAGCACUGUCUGUGACGGAAAACAGUGCCUUUGGGGAAGGGAAUUUGGCUACAGCCCACACCAGCACUGGCCCUGAGGAAUCAGAAAACGAGGAUGAUGGGUAUGAUGUGCCUAAGCCGCCUGUGCCGGCUGUAUUGGCUCGCCGGACUCUGUCUGACAUCUCUAAUGCCAGUUCCUCCUUUGGCUGGCUGUCUCUGGAUGGUGACCCUAUGACAAAUUUCAAUGAGGGCUCCCAAGUUCCUGAGCGGCCCCCUAAACCAUUCCCUCGGCGAAUCAACUCUGAACGCAAAGCAAGUAGCUAUCAGCAAGGUGGAGGGGCCCCCGCUAACCCUGCUGCCAUCGUCCCCUCACCACAGCUCUCCAGUGAGAUUGAGCGCCUCAUGAGUCAGGGCUACUCCUACCAGGACAUUCAGAAAGCUUUGGUCAUUGCCCACAACAACAUUGAGAUGGCCAAAAACAUCCUCCGGGAAUUUGUUUCUAUUUCCUCUCCUGCCCAUGUAGCUACCUAGCACAUCUCUUCCUGCCAUGGCUUCAGAGGAUCCAUGAGCUGGGCUCUUACUCAAGGAGCACCUAGGAAAGCAGUGGCUUCUUUUGGGACAUCACAGUGAGGUCCUGCCUUUUCUGUGGGUACUGACACCCAUGGUUCCAAGAUUUCAAAGCAGUGGAAUGAAAAUGGAGCAGCUAGUGUGUUUCACUGUUGGAUUGGUCUUAAAGUCUGUUUGUAGUCCUUCAGUCCCCAUUAGGAGAGAAUGGACUUUAUUAAAUGAUAACCUACCCCUGGAACAGUACAGAAAGCAGAAGUGCUGUGCUGUAGCCCUAGUUAAGGACUUAAGACUUUGUAAUUAAGGGUGGGUGGGUGUGUCUGUCUGUCUGUCUGUGUCCUAUGAUUAUAAGAUUAUCCUGCUGUGUGUGAAUCCAGGCAGGGAGUUAGCACAAGAGCGUCAGGAAGGAAUCUCUGAAGGCUCCCAUCUACUGUGGUAUUGCACCUAGCCCUGCUGGAUGUUACAACCUCAACACUCCCCUCUGGCCUAGAUUAUCAUGUGCUUAGCUAAGUCUUAGAGUGUUAGGAUACCCUCUGUCCUUUCCCCUAGAGACACCUUACUCUGCCUUCUCCUCAUUGGUGUUCUGUAGGCUUGCUGUGACCUGAAGCCAAGCAGCUUACAGGAUGUUCUUUUAUGUCUGAUGGUGUUGGUUUGUUUGGUAGAAUAGGUGGGAAGGUACUAUUCUGUGGUUACAGUUAUGAUUGUGCUAGCAGCUAACACUGGUCACUCCAAAGUGCUGUUUCUAUAGGAACCUUGAAUUUGUUAAAAUAAGAUGUUUAAAUUCUCCUAAUUACCUAAUGACUGGUUUGAGAUAGAGGCCUUCAUAUACAUUCCGUGUCUUCCUCAGAAAAUAGUCUGUGGGAGUCUGUUGCCUUGGUGCCAGGUAUGUGUUUUUGAUGUAGGUAAUGAGUCUUUCUACCUAACAGGAACAGAAGAACAUUUGUUUCCAGGGUAGCUUUCCAGCCCAAAUACCAUGGAGCUUUUAGGAAGCUUCAGUCACAUACUGUUUAGGUUUACACAGUAAACCAGUAAGGACUUACCUAUUCAGUCUUUCUUGCCAGUGGUUAAUUUCAGCUUAGGGAUUUCUCCCUUGAACAGGAGGGAGGUUAACCUUUCAGAAAUGAUUUCUUUUUUUGCCCUCUAAGGAGUAGGGAUAACCCUAAUUACCUUACAGCAUUUGCUAAUGAGUGGCACCUUUCCUACAUUGGUGCCACCCAGUGACUUGGUUGCUCAUGUGCCUAGGGCUUUGGGAGUGGUUUCUCUUUCUCCUUCCUUGCCCUCUUAUUGGGCCCUAGAUAUAAUCUAAUCACUGCAUCAUCCACAGUAUUCACAUCAUUCAUUGAAAUCUUUUAGUCAAAGACAAUUUGGGACAAUGUAGUUUGUGUAUUUACAGUUCAUCAAGAUUUGGAGUCAGUUUGGAGACCUGCUUCUCAGUCCCUGUUAUGACCCCUUGGGUUCAGUGAGUUCUCUGACUGGAGUCUUACUGACUUCCCUGGCAGCAUUUACCCUUUCUCCUGUCGCAUGCAAGCUGUUUUUCUAAUGAAUCCACUCUAUUCUUUAGGUCCAGACAGAAAUGACCCACUAAGAUUAUACUUUCUUUCCAUUCUUAACAUUUUUGCAAGUAAAACCUUUUGAAGUCUCUUUUGGUUUCUGAAUGCUUCAAGGUCUUUGGGUUUUAUCCUCUUGCCUCAGAGCUAUUUCUGUUCCCAGGGUAGACAUUACAGUACUUCAUAUUGACUUGCCAUGGUUACCCAGUGGUUCCUCUGCAUAGCAGUGAGUAGGAAACAAUAGCUUGUCAUCCACUUCAAAAAGCUUGUGACAUCCAAUUUUGUGUUUCUUUGAAUAUUGAAAGCCUAAACCAGGCAUGUUGACAUGCGCCUGUAAUCUCAGCACUUGGGAGAUGGUGGCAAGAUGAUCAGGAGUUCAGUACCAGCUCAAACCCAUCUCAAGACAAACAACAGGGGUUGAAGAGAUGGCUGAUCAGUUAAGAGCAUUUGUUCUUGCAGAGGACCCAAGUUGGGUUCCUCGCAGCUACAUGGCAGCUCACAACUAUCUGUCACUCCAGAUCUAGAGGGAUCUGAUGCCCUCUUCUGACCUCUGUGGGCACCAGGCACACACAUGGUGUGCAUACAUACAUGCAGACAGAACAUUCAUAUACAUAAAAUUAAAUAAAUUUUUUAAAAAGUAUUUAAAAACAAAAGAAAACAAAAAUUUGAAGACCUCAACAGAACUAGGAAAAAGCUACAAGCCCAGUCUGUCUAUAUUGGAGUAUUUCUUUCCCUGCAGAUAUUAGCUACUAUCUGAAGAUCUAUCAAGAAAACAAAUCAUUGACUACAUACCUUUUGCCUUUUCUGUGUAUCCAAGUCUUCUGUGGAGGGCUAAGGAUGUAGCUCAGUUGGUAGAGUGCUUGUCUAGCAUUCACAAAGCCCUGGUUCAGUCCCACACCACAUAGAACAGAUUGUGCUGAGGCAUACCUCGAAUCCCUAGCACUCAAGAAGUGGAGACAGAAUUAGAAGCUCAAGGCUACUCUUGCCUACAUAGCAAGUUUGAAACUAGCCUGGGCUACAUGAAACCCUGCCUCCAAAAGAAAACAAAAACCAAAUCUGUGGCAAUUACUGCCAUACUAUCUAGGGAAAUGACAGUUUUGUCCUGUCCUUUGCUGAGCACCCAUGUAGCUCUGAAAUGGGUGUUGAGUGGGGGUGAGUGGGUGUUUAGUCCCUAUGCUGGGCAGACACAUCUUUGAUUAGCUUGGGUGUUGGUUUAUCAGAUGUGUUUCUGCAGGCAUCAAGGUUUGAGACCAUUGUGUGUAGGCCUUUCCUUUGCUCUGGGGAUAUUCUGGGGCCCGGGCCUGAUAUUAUUAGGUAGCCUUAGGAAGGUUUCAUGCCACUCAUUUUGAAGAUAGUCUCCAAUUUUGAAUUUCUUUUUCCUUUGAAGGCACCAAUAACCAAUUCUUCAUUUUCCAUUUGUAUGGUAAGUUCUAAUUCUUUAGCUCUUCUUCUGAGUUUACCUACAAUCGCCCUUUCAUAAACAAGCUUUAUUUUGAGUUUUGCUAUUUUUGGCAAACCCAUCCCUUUUCCCUGCUCUGUGUUACAGUUAAGAAAACAGCUUUCACAUUUUCCUUUUCCUCAACUUCAUUAGGCCAUCUUAUUCAACAAAGAUUAUUGCUCCCUCUGUGUCUUUGUGGAUUGCUUUACAUGCCACCUCAUUGAUGGGUCACUGUCUUGCCAGGGCUCCAGGCAAGGCUUUUCUAGUCCAGUCCCAGGACUAGACUUUUCUAGCUGCCUUCCCACUGUCCUUCUAAAGUGAAAAGUUUUUUAAAUGUCUUUAAAAACCCAUGGGUUCUGAAAUAUACCUCCUAGUUAACAAACUGGGCAGCUCAUGAUCUCAGCCUUUGUAUGUAUUUAUUUAAGCAGUGAAUUGACCCUGGCUGACCAUUCUCCUUCACUUAUUCCCCUCUUCCUCCUCCCAGCCCUCCCCCCCCCCCCCCCAUUUUCUUUCUCUUUCAAUUCUCAGACAUACCUAUCACUGGACCACAGUGUGUGAUAGUAGUACUGGCAUCCUUCAGCUGUUCUGUGGGGUUUUUUUAAACUGGGGAGGGCAUCUGGGAUGGAUAGGAGUCACUAUUCUUAAUAUUUAAAAUAUUUAUUUCCUCUGUGGGAAAGAAAAUGUGUUUUAUGGUCCAAGUAGCAAAUUUACAAGUUAAUUUUUGUAAUAUAACUUGCUUGCAGACCAAACCAAGGACCAGCUGUGUAUUUCUUUUAUGGCACCAUUUAACAGGAUUUAGUCUUUCUGUGAUGAUCAGCAAUGGUGUUAAUGCUGAACGUUCUCCUACCUCACGUCAUGAGAAUCAGAAGGCUGCUGGCCUUCUCAGACUUUCCUUCUUUCUGUUGGCCUUUCUGACUCUGGAAUGAUCACUCUACUAAAUAGAGUAUUCUAACCACUGUCCUGACUAUAACCAUUUGCUAAUUUCUGCAAGUAUUGGAGUGAUUACUAUGUGUCAGAAAUGUCAGCUAUAUGUUCUCCCCUGCCACCUCAUGGUGAUUUAUUGGUGUUGGGAAGUUAACCAUGGGCUGUCCUUAACACUGUUUGCAUUUGACCAUACAUGUGUGUAUUCACAACUCUUUUAUGUAGAGUUACCUUUCAUUAUAGAGCUGUCCUGCUUAAAAUUGGCCCAAGACUUUCCUAUGAACCUCUGUUGUCUUCCUGUAGCUUUGAUAAUAUUUGGGAGAUUCUCUUGUGUAUACCUCAUGGAUUAUCCUUUUUUGCUACAGAUUUCUUAAUCUCUUCAGUGGGUUGAGGGUCCACUGACUGAGAGUUGCACAGUAGAGCACUAAAUGUUUAAGCAAAGCUUUUGCUGCAGUCUGCUUUCCAAUCCAGUGCCUUCUUUAUCUUUUUUACUGAGCUGCUUUUGUCCCCAGUCCUCCUUGUUGGAAAGGUUUUGUUUUUACCCUUCUGGGACCUAUCACCAUCUCCCUUACAAUUUGGAAUUUGUUUUUCUUUUCUUCAACAAUCCUUGUGGCUAAUUCUGUCUUAGGAGAGGUGGAAGGAUUGGAAAGGGUGAGGACCUGAUUCUCAGUCUGGUCUUGUAGGAGCUGGUCAGGAGCUGAGGCUGGAUUCUGUCCACAUAAGCCUUCCCAGAGCAGGCAGCUUAUGAUAGGUACCAGAGCCUUACUGCCAACACUAUCAUCUGGCACUUGAAGCUUCACAAUUCAGCAGAAGUACUCUAGCACUACACAGAGCAUCUGGAUUCAACUGUGAUCGCAGUCUCACACACACACACACACACACACACACACACACACACACACACACAGCCAUUUAAUGCAUGGGAGACUUGGUUCUUGUGUAUUACUGGGCUGGAAAAGUUAGACAUAGUCCCUCCUCCUGCUUCACAGCAUAUUGGUAUACAUGACUUCAAAAUAGGUACCCUUGUUCUUGAGUUCACUUGAUCUUCUUACAGUGAAUGUGGUUCUUCAGAUUAGCUCAAUAAUUCUUGGAAAGAACAGGAGAAAGUUAAACCUGUCUACUGAUUCCAUGGGUCAGACCAGGCACCUCGAGGGAGUCUGUACUGGGCUGUAUCUCUUGAGGGGAUCUGUUUGCCAAGCUAGAACUCAUGGAGCAAGCCUGUCUUUCAGCUCUUGAAAGGUAGAAGUAGAAUUAGGAAUUUUAGGCCAGCCUUAGAUACAUUGCAAGGUGAAGACGAGACUGGACUCUAUGAAUGUCUUGCAUUUUCAUGGAGAAUAUUUUCUCCUCUUCAUUUCCAGCAACAGGGAAAGCAGCAACACCAUUUGGUGCAUGAGUGGAGAUGCUCUCUUCAAGUGCGAAUUACUGAUGGAGUGGUUUCACUGCCAAGGGGCCUUUGGGUUCUUCCGCUGUAGUUUUCUUUAUGUCUGACAGUUUGAAGGUGUAAUCUUUCAUUGUGGGAAAGUCAUGGAUGCAGGAACAUGAGGUACCUGGUCACAUUGUGCCUGCAGUCAAGGAGCAGAAGACAGUAAUACUUAGGUUAUAUUCUUAAGGCAGAAUAUACUCAGCGAAAAUAUUGAUUUGAGGGUUCAUACCCCCAUUGAACCUUACAGGGAGAACAGAGAUAUUGUGGCAGAUAGGGAGCUUCCAAGAAGAGAUAUGCAAAGGAACUUCCACACUGGAAGCACAGUUGCAUAGUUUCUGUUCUGCUAUUCAUCUGGGAAGUUGAAGAAAUACCCCCAGCCCCCUGCCUUUUGUUGGCUUUUCGAGUACAAGGUUCCUCUGUAUAGCCCUGGCUGUCCUGGAACUCGCUCUGGAGAUCAGGCUGGCCUUGAACUCAGAGAUCCCCCUGCCUCUGCCUCUGGAGUAUUGGGAUUAAAAGCGUGUGCCAUCACUGGCACCACCACCACCCAGCUGGAAAUCCCUAUUUUUAACUUACUCAGAGUCACUGUUAUCUUUCCUUUUGUUCUCCUUAGAGUCUUGGCACCCAAGAUUACUUUCCCCUAGUCUGUUCUUGGGUGGCAUUUCGUAGCCUCCAUUCACCCUCCAGUCCUCUUCUGUAUUCCCUAAAGGGCAGCUCUUAGCUUCCGAGGUAGCUGCUGCCUUUCAGCUUGGCUCUCUUCUGGUUUUAGUGCUGAAUACCUGUUCACUCUCUGGGCUCUUGACCAGUCUCCUACAUCCCUCUUCUUUGUCUUUCUGUGAGGGAGCCUGCAGUGAUGUUCCUAGCUCUGCUUUCCUAGGCACCAUUGAGACGUUUGCCAGGAUCCAGAUAUUUUCGGUGUCUAAUUGAGCUUGUUCUUUGAGCUCCUUAGACAAGCUACCUGUGUCCUCCCUGUCUGUUGCUUUUUCUCUAGUUCUGUAAUAAGUGUGUGGUUUUUGUUUGUUUGGGUUGGGUUUUGUUGUUGUUGUUGGGGUGGGGGUAGGGGGAGUAAAACUAUGCUUCUGCUUGCCUGGAUCUUUGGAAUCCCAUCUUAGAGCCUGCCCUGCGUUUUAAGGCAUAUCAUACAUACUACCCUGCUUUUAACUUCUAAAUAUUCAAGUCCUUUGGUAUACACAGAAGUAACCUACUAAUCCAAAGAUAUACAUUGAGGCACAUAGGAAGGCAAGAGAAGAUCAUCAGAUUUUGCAUUUGAUGUCUAGUCUAGGCUCCUGAAUGAAGACGAGAGGGAUAGUAGUGCCAUGUGCCUUCAGUGCCCCAGGAAAUCUGGGUUAGUUGCAAGGCAAAGUACCAGUGUUUCUUGGUUCUAGUAAGUAGUAGCACAAGACUUAAGAGAUGGAGAAAUAGGGACAGGGAGGCCCUACACAUUGUUUUGUGCCUGAUGAAGAGCACCGUGGGGAAGGGCCAGCUGCCGACCAACAGCUGCUUGGAGAUCUUGCAGCCUCUUCCCUGUUUUAGUGCUUGAGAAAAAUGUGGCUGACCACUCCUUGUCUUGUACAGAGCCCAGGCUGAGCGCCAGCCUCAGAUCUACUGAUUUGGCAGCUGAACAAAUCAGCCCUGAGUUGUGAUCACCUGGCCCUGCAGUCCUGAUUCAGUCCCACAACUGAAUGUGAGAUGCAAACUCCAAUUUUCCUUCCCUCUAAAACAGAAUGGAGGCCAGAGAAGAUUGCUCAGUGCAUGCUGCGUACAGCUCCUCAGGCUCACACUGCCUCCCCACAUAGGCCCGGAAGUGGAGUGUGUGGUGCCUGUGUUGCUCCUUCCCCACUACCUCUCACCCAGUAGUGGAGAGGGUGACUCUGUUGGCUGUCUUGAAGUGGUAAGAGGAUGACAGACCUUGAGCUCUCUCUCGGCCUCUCCCUGCUCUCUGGGCUAGUGAGCCUGUCUGCAAUGCACAUGAGAGGAGGCGGCCUCUGACCGCCUCCUCAGCACCCUUAAGUGGGAAGUCUGACCUCUGCUGAGACAUGCUGGGCAUGGCAGCUGUAAGGUACCUCCUACAUCUGCUUUCUGGCUGUGCUGACUUGGGAUUUUUAACCUUAUAUAUCUUUUUCCUGUAUUCAAAACAAAACAAUUUUUAGCACACUGAAAAAAAAAAAGCCAAAUGUUUUGUGCCUUUCUAAGGCAGCGCUGUAUCCCAGGCUGCAUUUUAGGACUUAAUAUGGAAAUACCAGAGUCUGAGCUCCUCUACCUUGAGUAUCUUUAGCCCUAGAGUCUUGGGGACAAGGGUGUCUGGCUGGAGAGGUGGCACAUAGGUGCCUGUAGUGUCCUUCCUCUGCCAUGAGGCUUUGGAAAAGAGCAGCAUUUUCUCCUGGCAUCACUUGGUUGGUCCCAGGCAGCUGUUAGCGGUCCUCUGCUCUAGAUGGCCUGCUCACGAAGCCUCCUGGUAGCAGGGCCCUGCCGAGUGGGGCUGAGAGGGACUCGCCCGGGAAGGGGGGUGGUUCAUUUGUUGUCUUUUCAUUUUGCUGGAUCUUGAGCCAGCUUCAACCUCCUGCCUCUCCUCAGACGUGGCUUUCAUUUGAAGGCUCCAACCUUAAAGCAGUAAGUGGCUGGUACCCCCCUCCAAAGGGUCUGCUUGCACCCAGGGAGGGGCCGUGGGACCCGGAAGCCUUUCACUAAUACGAUUAUCACAGGUUUCAACCCCAAGUUGUCUUACCUCCCUUUCCCUGUUUCUCCCCUGCCUGUAGCUAACAAAGAGUAAGGGAUAGAAAUAGUUCUUAAGGUCCUCCUCAUUCAAGAUCUUAAAAUUCUUGACUUGGGUGGGGCAAGAGAGAACUUGACAUUUUCCCCAGAAUAGAGUCCCAAUUUGUAUAUCAGUGUUAAGAGAACAAAACACACUUAGGUGAGAUUCUCGUGGACUAUUUUUUAAAUGUCAUUAAUAUAAAAAGAUUUCUAUUAGCAGUAUUUAAUCAAUCACUCUCCUAUAAAGAGCAGACAGAGGUAAAUACUCCUGCAGAGUAGUGGAGCUUUAAGACUCAGUUCUCUCAAGUCCAUGUUGUUUUGCCAGUGUACUGAUGUGUAGAGGUCUGUUAUACUAAUUAGAGGUCUGUUAUACUAAUGUUAUUUAUUAAUUUUUUUCAUUUCCAUACAGUUAACUAAAGAGCUUUUUCAAGCACCCAUGUCUGUAAAAAAAAUAUUUUUAAAUAAAAUUUCUUUUGUUGUAGCACA